AUGAGGAGAGACGCCGCUGGUGUCAUAACAAUUUCCAUGUUCUUCGUCAGUUGCCUUCUGAUCUUUCUGCUUGAAAAUAAGGGCAAACUGGAGGAAUUGCCUGCUUGCACCAUCAACAAUAGUCCCACGGGAAGCGCCCACCCGGCUGUAGACACUUCAGUAUCUGUCAAGUUGGCUACCUCUAUGACCGUGCUUUUUGGCCUACUUCUUCUGUCCGGCAUUUCGGCCGCACUCACCGCCAGCAGGCACAUAAUUACGAGUGCCCAACCCCCUGUGCGUGACCCCAACAGAGAGGAAGUUAACGCACCGCCAAGGUAUGCUCAACCAGGCACAGAUAAUUGUCAUCCAGUCGUGGAAGGCAGCGCUCAGGUCCCGGGGAAACUCAUCAACUACGCGAGUGCAGCAGGCGGUAGAAAUCUAAACCAUGAUUACCCUGGUCUACCUGAGGCCGGUAAGUCUUUUGAUUUAAUAGGUGUAAAAAGCGUAAGUUUAUGCACUGAGUUUUAA